CAAGCGAAGCAAUUUUCAUUUUCUGCAUCUUGUCAAAAUAAUUUGAACGCAUAUUUCUCAUUUGUUGAGAAGAGGAUGAUUUACUGAUAUAGCAUAUAUUAAAGAUAAAAUAGCCAAGAUGUCCGUGGCCGAAUUUGAGGUUCCUAGUGCCACAAUUAACGAUUUGCCGGAGGAGGUUUUGAGACAUUUGUUGUCUUUAUUGUCCCCGUAUGGCGAUCUCAAGUCUGCAAUGCUUGUUUGUAGAUAUUGGUCAGUGUUGGUGAUCGAAAUAAUCCAACAAAAAUAUGCUCACUUCAAGAAGUCCAUCAAUGAUGGGACGGUGUAUGCCAGCCACUUCAUGAGUGAGAAUGAGUCUGGAGCGGGAUGCACAAUCACAGAGCGUUAUUCCCACUGUGCCUGUUACUUUGAUAAUGACAAGGCAAUGUAUGUCUUCGGUGGCUGCACCUCACCAAGUACGACCAUCAACGACCUUUGGAGAUUCGAUCUUACUCCUAAACAGUGGAUACGCCCUUUAGCAAUGGGUAUUUAUCCUUCACCGAAAGCUUGUGCCAGUAUGGUUGUCCACAAGAACAAUCUGAUUCUGUUUGGGGGGUGGAGCCAGCCUACACCAUUUCCACUACACCAGGCCGCCAGGUUUUUCAGUGAACUUCACAUCUAUUCGACCCAGACAAACCGAUGGUCUCACGUUCCAACCCAUCGCCCACCGCCUCCAACGGCUGGCCAUUCAGCGUCCAUUAUUGAAGACCAGAUGAUCGUGUUUGGCGGAUCACAUGGUCACAACAAUAGUUGUAACGACCUGUGGGUGCUCGACAUCAAGCAGAUGACUUGGUUUAAGAAGGAAGUCAGCGACGCCAGGAUUCGGCCCAGAUAUCGACAAUCUCAGAUUGUCUUGGACAACACACAUAUACUCAUCAUCGGAGGCUGCGGUGGACCUAAUAUGGUGUACAAUGAUAUUUGGUUGUUGGAACUCGGUGACAAGUGGACUUGGAAGGAAAUGACCGUCAACGAUAGUGAGAAUGGCCCGCCACAACCUUGGUGCCGUCAGAUGUGUCGAGUUGGGGACAAGGUUGUCACCGUCAGCAAGGGAUUCCGACCUAGUAAAGACCAGCCUGGGUUCCAGAUUCGUGCUCGGCCCUCCCGGACGUGGGUACCACCUACGCAGGAAGAAACACAACGGAAUACCCGACAGAAACGGACGCCUGCUGAAUCUUCCGACUCAUCGUCUGAUGAGUCAUGUGUAAAUGGACGAAUGGGAUCAUUUCGGCCACCCCCGUCUAGGAGUCAUGGUGCUAGUUUGAGUAGUACGUCUUCCCUUGGUGCUACGUCAAGCCUGUCAGCUGAACUGAACACUGGUGCUGCUCCGCUGAAUAGAAACUGGCCGGGAUUUCCUGUUCCGAGCCGAGAACACACCCACCCUGGCGGACCGAGCAUUCGACCUAAUGCUACUAACAACCGACAAAAGCAAAUAGAAAUGUUGAAUAAGUACGAGAAUCUGUUGAAAAUGAAGACCCAAGCGCAGUCAAAGCAACCAGACACAGAUAUGCGCAAUCAAAAUCCGAUGUAUUUGCAUGUUCUUGAUGUCAGUGGUGCGGUGUCGGAGGGUGUGGUAACGUGGUUACCAGUCAGCGAGUGCCCCUGUGAAGCAAUGGAGACAUCAGAAGAGGUGUUGUUUUAUUCUCUAGUGGAGGGACGGGGGGAGUUGCUGAUGUUUGGUGGCCUAAGAACGGACCCUAAGGGCAUGACCCGUAGCAGUCUGUACCCCAAUCCUGUGACGAUUACUAAUGACUUGUUCCUAUUCAUGCCAGAACGACUUAUGAUAUAGUCGAUAUUCGCCAUCUGUUCAGGACUUCUGAUGCCAUUUUUAAAAAGUUUGGUCAGUUUCUUUGUGUACAUUUUUCAGCUGUUUUGAACUCUAGAUACUGAAAGACUUUAGGAGUACAGGGCCUGACUCAAAUUUGUGUGUUUGAUUCUAAAACAUCAAGAUUUAUAAUGAACCGCAGUUAACAGUGUUUAUGGACUAUGCCCCUACUGUGCCAUGUUUUGAAUUUUGGUUUGGCAACCGUAACCGCUUGGGUUGGUGUAAAAUAUGGAAGCAGUCAAAGCAUUUAAGACCACGUGCGUUAUCUAAUUUGAGAUGUUUUAGAAUGAAAAUUGAUACCUUGUCGGUGUUGAUUGUCUCACCAAAACCGUAUGCAUGGGUUUGGGUCUACAUUUUAGCUCCACCCUCACGGUUUUGGUGAGACAAUCAAUACCACCAGUUUGGUAUCAAUUCCUUUAGUUGUAGAGCAGGGUAUGUGGCCAUGGUUGGAACUUGAUGCGUGGUGCCUCCAAGCCAUCAUUGUAGAUUACAGUAACUGUUUGUGUUGUGCGCGAUACAUGUAGCUUGUUAACUUAAGCAUAUUUUGUAUGAUUUUAAUACAUGCUGAACUAUUUCA